AUGGCAGAAGAAACUCCAUCUAUUAACGAACCACAGACGACGAGUGAGUCAAGAGAUCAAUCGCCCUCAAGUACGAGGAGCACAGAUACCACAGAUACCACAGAUACCACAGAUACUACAGAUACCACAAAUACCACAAAUACCACAAAUACCACAAAUACCACAAGCUCGCCGAUUUCAAAGUGGAAACAAGGAUUUUUGUACGUCAAGUCUCUCGCAGGGUUUGGUGGUACUAAGAAGGGGAUCGAGGAAAAUACAUCAAGUAGCCCGGGAAUCUCCCAGGUAAAACCUACCUUACAAGUAGAUGUUUCUCAGGUCGACCUCCCGGCCCAAAAUGUAUUCAGAAAUCCUAGAAGCCCAUACUACAUGGGGCCGGAUGGCUCACCCGCAAAAGGGAAGCCUUCAUUACGUUCUACCUUGGCUCUCCGACCAGGAACGCCCACGUCGACCCGUUUUCAAUGGAAACCACAGGUUGUUCUCUCUGUAGCUGACGUCAAGGACCCCGAGGCCCAAAGUAGAGUUGAACACAUCAUAACCCGCGGCGCACUCGAUGAUAAGACGGUGACCCCUCAAGAGGCUUAUGACGCGCUGAGAAUGGCGAAGGGAACCGUAACUGAAGCCUACGCACUCAUAAAGCGAGGUGAGCAUAUAUUUUCCUCAGCUGUAGAUGACCCUGAGUUAAGCGCCUUGUUUGAGUAUUGUUUGAGCAUUGUUUAA